UCCUUCUUGGGCAUGAACAGGACAGUUUAUUUAAAUGACAGUUUUAUCAGUUUGAGUAGUUGGGGAAAACCUUUAUUAUGUAAGUGCUUCUGACGGAAGCUGCUGAAUCGCGUCAGUUGAGCUUCACUUCCUACCGUGUCUUAACGCCGAGAGAAGGCAAUGGCUCGUGGGCAGCAGAAGAUCCAAUCUCAACAGAAGAACGCAAAGAAAGCAGCUGAGAAGAAGAAAUCUCAAGGAGCGGAUCAGAAGACUGCAGCCAAAGCAGCACUGGUCCACACAUGUCCUGUUUGCAGGACACAGAUGCCAGACCCCAAAACCUUUAAACAGCAUUUUGAAAGCAAACACCCAAAAUCUCCUAUGCCUCCUGAGCUGGUGGACGUUCAAGCCUAAAGGACACAAAAACAUGGACCUAAAACAGGGACCCCGUCGAAAGAAACAUGAUUCGACUCAGCCGACUGACUCGACUUGCUGUAUUUCACAAACAUAGACCUUGGACCAUGUGGACAAAAUGACAAGGAGAUGUUAGGAUGGACUCAAGCACACCAGCACACAUAUAUAUUUUUGAAUAUUUUUAUAUGUGCAUAUUGCUUCCAUCAUUUCCAAGUGUGCUGUGACCUAACCGUCUCAUUGCCAUUCAGUGCUUAUUCCUCAGUGCUUAAACUUGCCAUAUUUAUUCCCAUUGCCCUGUGGCACUUUGUCCCUGUAUUUUGAUUUUUAAAAAAAAAAAACGAUUUGGUGCUGCAGUGUAGAAGAAUGUUUGUUACUCUGAUCUUUUAACUGUGAACCAAAAUGGAGAGGUGCACCAAUGUGCGUAUUAAUAAUAAUAAUACCAACCAGGAUUGGGAUUGAGAUGCAUUGAUUGACAUUAUCAAAAUGAUCACAAAUGCUGUAAAUUUGCACCUGUUCAAGCAGUCAGAAUAAUACGAGUCAGGACCCACGGACACGCUUUUGUUACUUUGUUUUCUAAAGUUUUCAAUAAAUGUAUAUGCAUAUA